ACACGAAAUGACACUGACACACAGGUAUAUAAGCACCUAUAGGCUGUCCAGUAAACAGAGGUGUUGGGUAGAGUCACAAAGACAACAGGAGGAUGGAAGAAGAGGGAGCAGAGAAAGGAGUGGCGGCCAUGGCAGCCUGCUACCAGCGGUUUGAUCCUGCAGCGUAUCUGCAGUAUAACUAUACUCCACCACGGGCUGAUUUUGAAAGAAAGGACAGCAUUGUGCCGUGGAAACUGGCAUGCCUGCACAGAGCUUUCACUGAAGGCGAUGUGAGUGGUGAGCUGCUGGUGGACAUAGGUUCGGGUCCCACCUUGUACCAGGUGUUGAGUGGCUGUGAGGUUUUCAACAAGGUGCUGCUCACAGAUUUCCUGGAAGUCAACAGGCAGGAGCUGAGGGGCUGGCUCCAGGACAAGGGAGGCUGCAGCCUGGACUGGACACCAUACCUGCAGCACGUCUGCAAGCUGGAGGGACGACGGCCCUCAGCAUGGACAGAGAAGGCCGCCAAGCUACGUCAGGCCAUCAUGGACAUUGUCCCCAUUGACGUGCACUGCCCUCAGCCUCUGGCCCUUGACGUCCUUCCUUCAGCAGGGGCUGACUGUCUUGUGUCCUGCUUCUGUCUGGAGAGUGUCAGCCCUGACCUGGCUGCCUUCAUCAGGGCCCUGGGCCACAUCGGGAGGCUACUGCGGCCUGGUGGCCACCUCCUGCUCAUCGGAGCUCUGGGAGAAAGUUACUAUUUUGGGGGGCCUGGGGUAAAGAUCCCUGUGGUCCCACUGAAUGAGGCCCAGGUCUGUGCUAGUUUGAAGGAGAGCGGCUACACCCUGAUCAGGCUGGAGGUUUACACAUUGCCUCAGGACAUGAGGGUGGGGGUUGAUGAUGUGUCUGGGGUGUUUUUUGUAAAGGCAAUGAAGGAAUAAGUGUGAGAAAAGACGAUAGAUAAAGGCUAUUAAAGAUUAAAGUGAGAAAGUAAGUACCCAAAUAAAAAUAUUAUGGAUUAGGCCGAGGUAAAUGCAACGGUUAGCAUAUUAGACAAUGAAAAAAUUGGCUACUUGUGAUGCUCAUAAUUUUUGGGGGGAUGAGAGGUUGUUUAGAUUGUGAUCUUCAAUCAUUUAAAUAGUUUUCAAACUAACUCUUAAUGGAAAAAAUGCAAAGACAAAAAACAUGUUAAUGAAAUAUUUUACUUAAUUUCCUUGGUCCAGUGAAUGUCUUUUCUGAGGGUGAAUAGGUAACGGUUUUCUUUCUGUUAGAAAUGUAAUUACACAUUGACCCCUGCAGUUCAAACACAGCAACUACAGCAUCCAGAAUGUGACGCUCCCACUUUUUGAUGAUGAGUCACAUGUUGUUUUGUAAUUUCUGAUAUUAUGAAUAAAGAUGCUAAAAUAAAUUGUAUUUCAUGUUUUCUUAUCUCAGACUUAUAUUGCAUAAGAGCACCUUAGUGAUCCAAACUUAUUGUUGAUAUUAAAAAAGAUGGGAUGAAAGAUGAUGAUUAGUGGAAGCUGUAUAAAUCUGAUAAUACAGCUAAAAGAUUGCUUUAUUUUAAAUUAUCAAAUUUAGAUAUACAGUACAUCUGAAAA